GGUGACGCUCGCCGGUCGCUCCAGCUCGGCGCCCACCACCGACAUGCGCUCGUCCUCGCUGCUUGCCCGCCCAACGGUCGCCCGCCUGCUCACCACCAUGUCGGCCACCACGCUUCCUGGCGACGUCAAGGUGACCGAGCACUUCCUCUCCGUUCCUCUCGACCACAGCAAGCCUGACGGCGGCUCGCUCUCGCUUUUCGUGCGCGAGCUCGUCGCCGCGUCCAAGGCAGCCGACGACCUUCCGUGCCUGCUCUACCUCCAGGGCGGGCCGGGCUUCCCGUCCAAGCGGCCAGCCUUCCCCGCCUCUGGCUGGGACAAGUCGGCUCUCGCAACGCACCGCGUCCUCCUCCUCGACCAGCGCGGGACCGGCCGGUCGACGCCCGUGACCGCCAAGCAGCUGCUCGCGCUGCCGGGCGGCCCGCAGGCGCAGGCCGGCUACCUCGAGCACUUUCGGGCCGACUCCAUCGUCCGCGACUGCGAGGUUGUGCGUGAGGCCCUCUGCGGCGGCAAGAAGCUCAGCCUGCUCGGCCAGUCCUUUGGCGGCUUCUGCAUCCUCACCUACCUCUCCCUCUUCCCCGACGCGAUCGAGCGCGCCCUCUUCACCUUUGGGCUCGCGCCCGUCGGCCGGACUGCCGACGAGGUGUACGCGGCGACGUACAAGCGGAUGGAGGAGCGGAACCGGCGCUUCUACCAGCGCUACCCGCAGGACGUCGAGCUGGUCCGCUCGCUCGUCGCCGGGCUGCACGCCGCGCCCGCUCCCCUCCCGCGCGGCGGGACGCUCACGGCGCGCCGCUUCCUGCAGCUCGGCCUGCUGCUCGGCUCCGCCUCCGGCUUCGAGGCGCUGCACGACCUGCUCGAGCUGGCGCGGCCUCCCUCCGCCGACGGGCUGCCCGACGCGACCUCUUCCUUGCCCGACCUCUUUUUGCUCGAGGUGGAGGCGGCGCAGCAGCACUUCGAGACGAACCCGAUCUACUGGCUGCUGCACGAGGCAAUCUACUGCGACGGGGGCGGCGGCGGCGGCGGCGGCGAGUGCGGCCGGCUGGGCGGGCCGAGCGGCUGGGCGGCGGAGCGGGUGCAGGCGUCGCUCGGCGAGGGGUGGGACUACACCACGCGGCUCGAGCCCGGCUCGCCGCCCGUGCAGCUGACGGGCGAGAUGGUCUACUCGUGGAUGGGCGACGACUACGCCUGGCU